AUGGAUGUACUUGUAAAAAUAUUCAAAGGCCGUUCGUUUACUCUGAUUGUUAUUACAGCCUUUACACUCUCUAAAGUAGCUGUUGCAGAUCGCACUCAACUUCUAGAAAGGCUGAAAGACAAGACAUGGCCUUGGUUUGGUGACUGUUAUAAAAAUUUGUGUCCUGAUUUUAGAGUUAAUCCGACUUUCUGUUUGAAUUUUAGACCAGUGCCCGAGUCCAUCUUACAGAGAGCGGGACUACCAGAAAGCUUAGAUCUAACGACUGAUUUAGAAGUGAUUUUUUCAAGCCCUAAAGAAGCUGUUGAUGUGUGUGGGAAAGCCCAAAUGAUGGAUGAAGUCAAGGCCUUCAAAUUGCCGGACAAUGGCCAUCCAGUCCAGUCUUUGUUAGAGCGCGGAGCAGAAAUCUAUCGCAGUCGGCCGAAAGUAAACUGGAGUCCAAAAGAAAACGGCACCUACUCGCUAAUUAUUUAUGAUGUCGGCCAUCUUGUGGUUAAGGGAAUUUGGCAUGAUAUUCAGUACACCAACGGACGUUUUGAAGGGCAGACUGACUUCUUAUACCGGCCACCGGCUAAUCCACUGCCAGUGGUUAACCCAACACUUAUAAUACUGCUGAAGCAAACAGAACUACUCGGUCCUUACAGCUCUAUAGGUUUGGAGUCAUGCACAGUAUCAAAAAACGGACCUAUUUGCAGGGAAAGUGUUGAAAGUCUCAUUGGAGAUGGCAAAGGUGUAGUUGGACUGCAAGUGUUUUAUACCAAUGGCUCUUCUAUGUUUGAAAAGUAUAAUGUGUGUAUUGACGGCUACAUCUGUGACACGCAGUGUAUCGGCAAGUUUCGGGAAUACGCUGCACAUAAAGUGUCAAACAUUCAGUUCAUGAAUCUGGAUGUAAGUACUAUAGACACGUACGUCAAUGUGCGCUUUCAAACUAAGAUUCCUGGCAGUCUGACGAUGGAAUGUUGUUCAAGGUCGCAGCAUUAUGCAACAUAUGGAUUCGUUCGCGCAAGACCUGGUGAUGAUUUUAAAGUCAGCUCCUAUGAUAGACUUUGCGGAUCCUUUCAAUGUCACAGUUCGAAGGAAACAGAAAUGUCUAGUACUGAAAGAAAUAUAUUAGGUGACUCGGAUUACUGUACCUUCUAUGUGUUUGUGCCCCACAUUAAAGAUGGCGUGCUUGAAGCUAAAUUUACAUACUGGAUGAAAAACAGCAAAAUUAACUCUGGAUCUGAAGAAACAGAAUUUAAAGAGCAGCUUUAUGAUUCGAAAGGAAAAGGCACCAGACAUAUGUACAUGUUGCUUUUUACCCAUCCAAACGUGUAUCGCGAUACCCCAACAGUAAGUGCGGACAACAAGAUUGUCUUUCCUGGAGACUUUAAACUGCGUGGAAUGUCAUGGAUACUUUUUGAUCAUGAUUACUAUACUUUUACUGAUGAGAAAUGUGAUGAUACUACCCGGACCUGCCCUCCGAACGAGCCGAAUCAUCCAAGUGGUCAAAACAAAAGGAUCAUAACCUUCAAUGAAACACAGUAUGAAACACCAGCUGAAAGUUCUACAAAGCAAGUGAUUUCUUGCCUCCAGAGGAAACCUCCGCCUCCACCAAAUAAUCCUCCACCGAAUAAGUCCGUCAGGAACCAACAAGAAAUGCAUGUUCUGAUUUGUGUGUGUUUUAGUUUUUACCUUUUUUAAAUGGUGUGUCAAAAUGUAUUUUAACUGGUCCAAAACAUCAGGUCGUGCUCCACGCCAGUCAGUUAUUAACAUUGUACCAGUUAAGUCAUCACACAUGCGACACAUCAUUAAAAUUUGUUAUUUUAAAAAGAUAUUUUAAAA